UGGGCCGGGUCACGGAGCACACCCCGCUUCACCAGGAGUCUGUUUGGGAUUUGCGCUCCGGGUGAAGGAAGGAGAGAGUGUGUGUGUAUGAGAGAGAGAGAGAGAGAGAGAGAGAGAGAGAGAGAGAGAGAGAGAGAGAGACUCUGCUUGCCUCUGGGGCGUUUUGUAAGAGAGAGGGAGUGUGUGAGAUAGAGAGAGUGAAAGGAGAGUAAGAGAUCAGCAGAGAGAGAGAGAGAGUCCCGAGAGGCAGGCUGGUAGCAUGCAGCAGGAGAGGGCUUCUCCAGACACACUGGAUCCUGCUGCCGUCCAGAAGGCUAGCUCUCAAAGGGAAAUGAUUCCGCAUGAAGCUGACGGACGGCUCUCCUCCUCUCUCCACGACAACGCCAGGUGUGACUCGUGCUGCUCCCACGGCAACGGCAGGUGUGCCUCUCUCUGCUCCCUGCUGAGCCAGAGCCAGGCAUUCGACAGACGCUGAGCUACAGGACCUUCCCGCCCUCUCUACCUCCUCCAACCUCCUAUCUACCAGAGAGAAAAGACAACAGUAUGAAGUCCAACCAUGAACGCAGCAACGAGUGUCUGCCCCCCAAGAAGAGAGAUUUCCCAGCCAGCACUGCGGAUGAGAGGCCCCUGGUGAUGGCGCCCGCCAGCGAGACCCAGCGAGGAGAGAACCUGGCAUGGCUGGCCAGCGUAGCCGGCGGGCACAACAGAGACAGUAGCGGAGGUAACAGGGAUGGUGGUAGAGCUGGGCAGCGUACCAGCACUCCCAGUGAGUCUGACGUGACCCAGUACAAACCGCUAUACUCCACCGGCACCACACACUUAGACUUCCUGGUCCCUUCCUCCAUCUGUUCCAUCUCCUCCUCCUCUUCAUCACAUCAGUCCAGUGUGGUGACCACAUCCCUCCCUGCCAUGUACACCUCUCCUCUGUCCCAAUCAGGGGGGGGCAUCCACUAUACCCAGCUGCCCCCCAACCUCCAGUUCAUCAGUUCCCCUUACACAGGCCCCUAUGCUGGCUACAUCUCCUCCCAGCUCCCCCCUCCACCCACCUCCACAUCCCAAUGCUCCUACCCCAACACCGCCACCAAGCUGGACCAGCACCACUCUGUGGGUCCAGGUCGCCCCCCACCCCAGUCCCAGUCCCUACCCCCGGGCCUGGCUGUGUCGGACACUGGCCCCCAGUACAUCCAGCUCUCUGGUUCCUCUCAGAGUGUGGACCCCCGGACUGCCCCCUCGCCCCACGGUGGGACCCACCACAUGCACCCCGACCCCCACCACACCCUGGCCUUCAGCGGUAGCUCCCAGGUGCUGGUCCAGUAUGCGUGCCCCGGCUCCGAGGGGCCCCUGACUAAGAGAGAGGAGGGCCAGCCCAGGGAGCUGCACAAUGGAGAGCUGGAGAAGAGGAGCCGCUUUGAGAGAAAGGAAAGCAAAGGAACCCCAUCCUCAUCCUCCUCCUCUUCCUCCUCUUCCUCCCAUCACCAGCUCCACCAGCAGCAGAGCUCCCAGCAUCACUAUGAGACCUAUACCUCCCAUGAUGCCUCAGGGCUACGGACCUCUCUCAUGCCCAACAGCCACGGAGGACAAGACCACCAGAGCCCCAACAAACUACCCCCCUCCUCUGCCUCGCACCCAGAGAAAAGCAGCCUUCUCCUGGGUAAACCUGUGUACCGCACCUCCUCCUCCACCUCCUCCACGUUCACCUUCCCCCCUCAGCUCAAUGUGGAGAGUCUUAAGGCAGCCGUCAGCUCCCCCCACACCCACACGGUCAUCCAGACCACACACAACGCCAGCGAUGCAUCACCCCCCUCCCUGGGCCAACUCUCCACCAACUUCUACCAGGCUGGCCACGGUGGGCAGCCCAUCAUCAGCUAUCUGUCUGGGGGUGCAGGGGGGCAGCAGUACCACACCAGUCUUCCCCAGCACCUUCUCAUCCCAGGGGCCCCAGGGUCUCAACCUAUCAUCAUCCCCGUCAGUGGGGCCGGGGUCACCAGCCUGGAGGCUACCCAUGCUGCCCACAUAGCCACCACAACCCAACCACAGCCCCACGCCUACGCCACCACCACCACUAACCCCAACCCCAAAGAGGAGCAUCUAUUCGAGGUCCCGGCCCCCUACCCUCCUCUGUCCCACCCUGCCGGGGCCGGGGGGAGCGUGGUCCAGGCCCAGCUACACCUCCCGGUGGUCCCACCCCUCCCGGCCCCCUCCUCUGCCCCCUCAGGCCCCUCGCUGCCACCCUACUUUAUCAAGGGCUCCAUCAUCCAGCUGGCGGACGGGGAGCUGAAGCGCGUGGAGGACCUGAAGACGGACGACUUCAUCCAGAGCGCUGAGAUAAGCAGCGAGCUGAAGAUAGACUCGUCCACUGUAGAACGCAUCGACGGCAGCCACACACCCAACUUGGCAAUCGUACAGUUCUCUGUGGGUGAGCACCGCGCUCAGGUGAGUGUGGAGGUGCUGGUCGAGUAUCCCUUCUUCGUAUUCGGCCAGGGCUGGUCAUCGUGCUGCCCGGACCGGACCACUCAGCUGUUAGAACUACCCUGCACCAAGCUGUCAGUGGGGGACGUCUGCAUCUCCCUCACCCUGAAGAACCUGAGGAACGGCUCCCUGAAGAAGACCCAGCAGACCCAGAACCAGGCCAUGGAGAUCACUACUAGCUGCAACAUGGGCUCCAUCCACGGGCCCCUCAAACCCUCCAGGUGUUCCCGGGGUGGAAGGGGGUCAGGCAGGCACGGGGAGCAGGAGAACGGGGUGGGCCAUAGAGGCUCCAGUGGAAGUGGGGGAGUGGUGGUUGGAGGUGUUCAGAUCGCCUCAGAGAAUGGAGAACUGAGGUUCGGCGUCGGGGGGGAGGCCAACUUGAAAAGAGGCCAGCCUGGAGAUUCAGAAUCCAGCAGGGGUGCAGCCAAGCCGGCGAGCCGCAAGAGGAGGUGGUCGGCCCCUGAGGGCCGUAAGGUGGAGAGGAGCGAGGAGGAGCCCCCGUUGACUCUGCCCAAACCUUCCUUUAUCACUCAGGAGGUAAAGAUCAGCAUCGAAGGCAGGUCAAAUAUAGGCAAGUAGUGAAGGCAGGAGGUUAAAACAAGACUGUUAAUUCAAAUGGGGAUUGGAUGGAGACAUGGAAAAAGAAAGAAUGCCCUCUUAAAUUUUUCAUUUUAACUACUUUGUUUUAGAUUUUUUUAUUGUUUUUAUUUGCUAUCCGGAUGACUGUAGGCGAAAUUUGACCCAUGUUAUCACCUUACAUUAAGUCCAUGUUAGUAUUAACAUUGUAAUAGAUGCGUUCGGCAUUACGUCAACGAGCAAUCGGUGCAUUUGCUUUGGGAUUUUCCAACAAAUCUCUGGGCAAGGGAUUUUGUGAAGUAUAGUACAUUUUUAAUUGGUGAGUUUGUGGCACACGAGCGCUGCUUGAUACCUCUCUGGUCAUUUGAUGGCUGCAGGUGGACAACUUAAUUAAAUGAUUGAAAUAUGUAGUUAGCUUUCCCAUAGGACCUAGGACAUGACUAAGCUGCCAUAAUGUAGACCGGUGAGUGAUGCCACUUCCUUUGUGAUGUCACUUCCUGGUAGAGGGCACUACUGACGAGAGUGUUCAGGAUGUCUGGACGGAAUCACUCUCCACGCCACCCAUUGCCAUGGUGGCAGACUGAGUUGAUAUGAUGUCAUCUAUCCUGAGCGACUCAAGUCGUCUUUAGAUAAAACACAGUAAAAAAAGGACUUGAACACAUUGAAACCCUCAUUAAUAAAAGAGGAUUUAUAAUAACCUUUAUUUGUCUCUGACAGAAGGUUAGAACUACACAUCUAGUCCUAAACAAGGGGUCACCAGAUGCCUCGACACUCAUCUAACUAGACCACUUAGGUGAUGUCACCCAGCAGGGCCAGACCAGCCAGGCGAGGUCAUCAGGCCGCGCCAGUGGGCCACCAGAAAGAGGGAACUCUUCCUUCCUUUGUUAUGUUUGGGUGACAGUGGAGUCAUUAUGUUAUUAUUCCGGAAACGUUUUAUUUAGUUUUGCUUGUCAAUGUUUCCCUUCUCACCUUUGAACCUCUCCUAUCUUGCCCAGUGAGUUGAUAAUGAUAUAUUUGCUGAUUGUCUAAAACUUUGAGAUCGGGGGUCACAUACGGUAUGUAUGUAUAGUUUGACCGAGGGUGGUUAAGUAAAAUGUUUAUGUUAUUCCUUUAUACUCUACAUACAUUUACAAUCACACUGAGUCGACUACAUGAACUAUGGGAUUAUUCAGAGGAAGAUGAUUAUUACUUGGUGCAACCUUUUCCUUUUUAUUCUUGUGGCGAGAGAGAGAGGUUACGUCCCAAAAUGGCACCCUAUUUCACUAUAUAGUGCACUGCUUUUUACCAAGGCCCUAUCCUCAUGGGCCCUGGUCAAAAGUAGUGCACUAUAUAGGGAGUAGGGUCCAUUUGGGACGCUGUCAGAGAGUCUGUGUUGAGUCUUAAGAGAGGAGAGGGACAGCAUGUUGUCUUGAAGCGCUUGCAUUUGCACACCUGUCACACUCACCAACUGAUGAUAAUACAACUAUUAUUAUUAUUAUUAUUAUUAUUAUUAUUAUUAUUGCUCUCGCUUCAUUAACACAGUACUGUAGGUUUUUGUUAUUUUGACAUGAGGAAGAAGUAGAACUCUGUGACAGCAGCACUUUAGAACAUUGAAGGGGUCAUGAUGAUGUCAUAGUGUCAUGAUGGUCAUGGGGUCACGAAGUCACUUGACUUUUGAAAGGGAUGAAUGUGACAGGUGAUGGAGAGAGUGCCAGUUAGGAGAGGGAAAGAAAGAGAGAAAGAAAACAGGAAUAUAGAGGAAGAUAUAAUAGCAGAAGAGUGCUUUUUGUUGAGGCACUUUUCUCCAAUCAGAACAUGCUCUUCAAAAUAUGGGUGUGGUCAAAAAAAUGACACAUAACUGCCUUUUCAAGGAUAUCAAAAUGUCAAUAAAGUCCAAAAGGAGAUUGGGCAAAGAAUGGGAAUAGGCAGGAACUGGGGAAGAGCAACGUGAGAAUGUCCAGGUAUGUUGUGGACAAGACUGAGAGAGCGCUACAGACACUCUGGACGCAUGUCUGUAUGCAAGUGUGCAUGAAUGCAGGUAUGUGUAAGUACACACACACCAGAGGAGGCUGGUUGGAGGAGCUAUAGGAGGACGGGCUCAUUGUAAUGGCUGUUUCCAGA